GUCAUUUCCGGCUUUGUUCAACAUGGCGUCGAGUGGACUGAAGUUAAAUUUCUGGGAGAGCGGACCAAAACCUGGAGAAUUUUAUUCAUUCCCAGGUGCCGGUAAUACUACGGUUCCUGGAUGUGGGCCUGUACGACACACACUUAAUCCCAUGGUGACGGGGACAUCAGUGCUUGGGGUGAAGUUUACAGGGGGUGUGAUCAUCGCCGCUGACAUGCUGGGCUCUUAUGGCUCUCUGGCCCGUUUCCGCAACAUCUCCCGCCUCAUGAAAGUCAACGACAACACCAUCCUUGGAGCUUCAGGGGACUACGCAGACUACCAGUACAUUAAACAAGUCAUUGAACAGAUGGUGAUUGAUGAGGAACUCCUUGGAGAUGGCCACAGCUACAGCCCCAAAGCAAUCCACUCCUGGCUCACUCGUGUCAUGUACAACCGCCGAAGCAAAAUGAACCCACUUUGGAACACAGUUGUUAUUGGUGGAUUUUACAAUGGAGAAAGCUUCCUGGGCUAUGUAGACAAGCUAGGUGUCGCAUAUGAAGCUCCAGCCGUAGCCACAGGUUUUGGUGCAUACUUGGCUCAGCCCUUGAUGAGAGAGGUGCUUGAGAACAAAGUGGAAAUUUCCAAGGAUGAAGCACGGGCACUGAUCGAGCGAUGCCUCAAAGUGCUGUAUUACCGCGACGCUCGUUCCUACAACAGACAUGAAAUUGCCAUUGUGACAGCAGAAGGAGUCGAGAUUCUUGGACCACUCUCAUCAGAAACAAACUGGGAAAUCGCCCAUAUGGUCAGUGGCUUUGAAUGAAGGCCCAAUUUGCUCGUCUGGAUUUCUUUAAUUAGUGGACUAUUUAUACCACAAGAAAAACAACACUUAGUACAUUUUACAUUUGUAUUGGUUAGCCAGAAAUAAAAUUGUAAUGUGUGGAAAAAAAA